UUGCAUUAAAAAGUUCAUACUAAGAUCCAAAAAUGGGUAUUUGCUGGAUUAAAAAUUUAAACCACCGACUUAAAAGCUGGCCAAUUAUUUUGGUUCAUUUAAACCUCUAAUAGUAAAUAAAAGAACCAAAAAGUCUAAAAAUGGUUUAAAAUAGGUCAAUUAAACCUAAAACUUGAUACGUGCAUGGCACAUGAUGGGAUGACUUAACUGGCUGCUUCUUUCAGUUUCUGGAGAUGAAUCUCUCGCACGCUCACCAUCACCUUUUCGAUGCUUCUCUCUUUUUCUAUAGUUCACACGCUAACUCAUUAUCACUCUCUAUGCUUCUCUCUCCUUCCCUAGUUCUAUAAGAGUCUUUGAAAACAUUUAAGGGCGAUUACAUCUUCUUCUUCAAAUCAAUAGUCACUAAGAUUAUUGAUAUUGCAAAUAGCCUCAGGAAAGACCCAUUGAGGUCAGCAAUCUUCAAAUUUCAUCUCGGAGUAUGGGUUGCAGCGUGGUGACUCAAAAGCAUUUUCCCUUCAUUGAAGGAAGAAAAGAUCUGAUUUUUUUCUGGCUUUCAUUCGCUCUCACACACACAAAGACGAAGAGAAAGAGAGAGAGAGAAUGGCAAUGGGUUCAUGGAAUAUUGGAACAUGUAAGAAGGUGCGAGAUUCAACAAUUCCCAGAGGUUUUCUUUACAACACCAGUUCUUCAUCUAUCUUGCAGAAAGAAGGAAAGAGAAAGAGAUCAUAUCCACCCUUAUAAAGUCAUAGAAAUUACCCCUCCCCCCAAGAAUCUUGGAAUCCGCUGCUUUCCCCCCUCUUUCACGCACAGGCAGGCUGGAGAGCGCUUCCGGAAAGGAAAAAUGGUUGGAGAUAGUCGAUUGUUGGAGAGAGGUACUUGUGUUCAUCCUAGGGCCUCACUUGUUUCCACUUCUAUAGCAGAACUUGCAAUGUGGGGAGAGUGUGACGAUUGAAGGGCAAGCAUAUACCAUUGCAGCAGUCACUCAUCGGUACCAGCUCCGCAAGGGGAAGUAUGAAUCCAGUGAGAAGAGGCUUGAUGUUUUGUCCACG